UGCGCGCGCGUGCGCGCGUGUGCGUGUGUGUGUCUGAGAGAGAUCGCGCGAAGGAGACAGAGUUAGAGAGAGAGCUAGAGAAAGAUGACAGACAGACAGACAGACAGACAGACAGACAGACAGACAGACAGACAGACAGACAGACAGACAGACAGACAGACAGACAGACAGACAGACAGACAGAGACAGAGACAGAGACAGACACAGAGAGAGAGAGAGAGAGAGAGAGAGAGAGAGAGAGAGAGAGAGAGAGAGAGAGAGAGAGAGAGAGAGAGAGAGGGAGAGGGAAAGGGAGAGGGAGAGGGAGAGGGAGAGAGAGAGAGGGUAUAACUUGGUAUCCAUCUUUUCCGUUCAUUUUGGCAGAGAAUUAACAGCAAAAACAACAACAACACCACCAACAACAACAACAACUUACUGAGUCCUAAGUAUCGCCUCUCAUUGGAAAGUCCUCCUUUCUCUGGAAUAUGUGGACCAUACCCAAGCCCAGAUACAAGAACGGUUCCGCCGGGGAGGAGAGUGAGGAUGAGAUCGCUGUGAACAUUGGCGGGGUGAGAGUGGUGCUUUUCGGGGACGUUUUGAACCGUUACCCGGAGAGUCGCCUGGCGGAACUAGUGAACUGCUCACCUCAAAACUACGACGGCAUCUUGUCUCUCUGUGACGACUUUGACCCGGGCAGAAACGAGUUUUACUUUGACCGAGACCCCGAUGCCUUCAAGUGCAUCCUUGACGUUUACUACUUUGAUGAGAUUCACAUCAAGCGAGGCAUUUGUCCCAUUUGUUUUCUCAAGGAGAUGGAGUUCUGGAAGAUCGACCCCAGCGUGCUGGACGAGUGCUGCAAAAGUGACCUGAGCGAGAAGGAGGUCGAGUUGAAGGAGAUCGCCAGCAAGGUGCUUCUCAUCUUGGAGGACAUGGACAGUGAGCCCCCCGUGACUCGCUCUGAGCGGUACCAGAGAUUCCUCUGGAAGAUGAUGGAGAAGCCCGGCUCUUCGUUGGUGGCGCGCGUCGUCGCCAUCGCCUCGUUCCUCUUCAUCCUUGUCUCCUCCAUGGUGAUGUGCGUGGGUACCAUCCCGGAGCUCCAGGUUAUGGACACCGAGGGGAAACUCGUGGAACACCCGACCCUGGAGGCGAUAGAGACCGCCUGCAUCUUGUGGUUCACCGUGGAAUACAUGCUGCGUCUCGCGUCCUCUCCAAACAAGCUGCACUUUGCCUUCGCGUUCAUGAACGUCAUCGACUUCAUGGCCAUCGUACCGUUCUACGUCGUCCUCAGCCUCACCUACCUCGGCACCAGCGCCAUGAUGGAGCUGGCCAACGUUCAACAAGCGGUGCAGGCUCUUCGUAUCAUGCGCAUCGCGCGCAUCUUCAAGUUGGCACGCCACUCGUCCGGGCUGCAAACCCUCACGCACGCGCUCAAGAGGAGCCUCAAAGAACUGGGCCUGCUGCUCAUGUACAUGGGAGUGGGAAUCUUUGUGUUCUCUGCACUGGCCUACACCAUGGAGCAAAGCCACCCGGAGACUCUGUUCAAGAGCAUCCCGCAGUCUUUCUGGUGGGCCAUCAUCACCAUGACCACGGUGGGCUACGGAGACAUCUACCCCAAGACGACGCUCGGGAAGUGCAACGCGGCCGUGAGCUUUCUCUGCGGGGUGAUAGCUAUCGCUCUGCCCAUCCACCCCAUUAUCAACAACUUUGUGGUGUUUUACAACAAGCAAAAGGUGCUGGAGACGGCUGCCAUGCACGAGGUGGAGCUGAUGGAGUUGAAGUCGGGCAGGAGCGCGCGAAGAACCAGCGCGACUCCAGGCGACUUGCAGCAACCGCGUGCGCGCACAGCACAGUGACAUGCGUGCGUCCCCAUCAUCCCUGCAGUUGUGCAAAGUGUGUUAUGGCACAGGAACGGCGUUGCAAGCAUUUUGGACAAAUAGAAUACCGUGUUGAUAGGGCUUUAUAACUAGCGUUAUUGGCGGUUUUGAUAUCUGUUUUGAUUAAUCUCAAUAGUGUGCAUGCCUCUAUGUGUCUAUAUUCACGCUUUUAUGUUAUACGUUGUAAACAUUAAAAAACAAAACAUUGGAAACGAUAUUUAUUCAUAUUUUUCUUCUUCUUUUUAAAAUAAUUAUAUUUGAUUUGCUGCCUACAAAACAAAGCUGCAUGACAUUACUGUAUUAACGGAUUUGUUUGCCCGUGGUAUUCGCUUAUUCUAGAAUAACGAUGAUGUUUUUUUCUGUGGCGUUGCAAUGUUUUUCUCAGUAAAAUAAAGAAAUUAAAAGCAACAUUUUUGUUCAAGUGUCUCCUGUGUGUGCGUGUGUGCGUGCGUGCGUGUGUGUGUGUGUGUGUGUGUGUGUGUGUGUGUGUGUGUGUGUGUGUGUGUGUGUGUGUGUGUGUGUGUGUGUGUGUGUGUGUGUGUG